AUGCGCAGGCGGCGCCGAAGCAGGCGCGGCGGCGGGAACGCGGCGACGAGACGUCGCGGCGGAGGGACGGGCAGGCGGCGACGAGGCGUCGCGGCGGCAGGAUGCGCAGGCGGCGCCGUAGCAGGCGCGGCGGCGGGAAUGUGGCGACGUGACGUCGCGGCGGAGGGACGGGCAGCGGGCAGGCGGCGACGAGGCGUCGCGGCGGCAGGAUGCGCAGGCGGCGCCGAAUCAGGCGCGGCGGCGAGAAGGGGAGGCGGCGACAGGGGGUCGCGGCGGGGGGGAGGAGGGGACAGCGGCGUUGCGCUCGCGGCGGUGGAAUCCGCAGGCGAGGAAGGCGUUAUCGCGGCGGGAGGGGGGGGGAACGGCGGCGACGGCGUAGUGCCACCCACUUUGGGCAUUUCGCUCCGCAGUAGCGAGGGCGCUACCCAAGCUGCAGUUAUGGCUGUAGGGGAGGAGAAUGCAAUAGCUGAAGCAGUGAAAGAGCUGUUCAGAUUGGUGAGAGAGGAGGAGUUGGCAACAGUAAAGGGGGAGCUGGCUGCAGUGAAGGGGGAACUGGCCGUGGUUAAAGAUGAGGUGGCCCGGCAGAAGGAGCGAGUGGUGAUGUUGGAUGAGAGGAAUCAGGUUUUGGAGAGUGAGGUGAAUGAGUUGAGUGCAUUGGGUGUUGUGGGCGAGAGGAGGGUGGCGGCUGCUGCUGUGGUGGACGAGAGCGAUAUGAAGUUGGCAGCACUGCUAAAGGAGUUUAUUGGAGUCAAGGCAGAGCUGAUUGCAACGAAAGGGGAGGUGGUAGCAGUAAAGGGGGAGCUGGCUGAACACAAGGGCGCUACGGCUGAGCAAGUGAAUGUGGCUGAGAGAAGGAGAGGACUGGAAUUGAGAGAGCUGAGAGGAGAGAUAAGAAAGGCAGAGGCUGAAAUGAGGGCGGAGUUGGCAAGGGAGAGGGAGGAGAGGAGGAGGGAGGUGCAGGAGGUUGAGAGGAGAGCAGCAGACUUGACAGAGAUGAGAGGGCAGGUGGAGGAGAGGGAGAGGGAGCUGGCUGAGCAGAAGGAUGUUGUCAUGGAGAUGGAUGUUAACCAGCAAAUUAGGGAGAGUGAAGGUGAUCAAAAGACGGCAUGGCGGGUGAGUGCCGAGUGGAAUGUUUGGCAGAGCAUGCACUGUUGCUGA